CCACCGGCCCGCCCCGGCUCUAUUCAAGGAGAGGGGGCAAAAGGGCUUCGGCGCGGCGUGGAUGGAUAGCGCUCCCAGCCUCAGCUCGUAGAUAUCUCCCUCGCGGGCGGGCGGGCGGGCGGGCGAGCGCGGUGAGGCCGGCCACCAGCGCCGCCGGAGCUCGUCCUGCUUGCUCCCCGCAGAAUCGCUAGCGGCGAGCGGGCGGAUGAGAGAUUGCUAGGCAGCUACGCUACACAUCGGAGGGGAUCGAUUGAAUUGCGGAUAGGGUUGCUAGCAGGGCCGGGAUGAAGCUCCACUGGCUGGUGCGGUUCCUGUUCGGGCCGGUGCCGGUCUACUUCUCGGCGCUGGCCAUCCUCAUCGUGCUCACCAACGCGCAGUACUUCGGGCUGGUGGGCGUCGGCGUGGCGCCGCGCGCCGCCAAGCUCGCCUCCUCCACGCCCGUCGUCAGCGUCAUGAAGUACUGCGACAUCUUCCGCGGGGAGUGGGUGCCCGACGCCGAGGCGCCCUACUACAACCACAAGACGUGCCACAUGAUCCAGGAGCACCAGAACUGCCUCAAGUACGGCCGCCCCGACCUGGGGUUCCUCAAGUGGCGGUGGCGGCCCUCCGGCUGCGAGCUCCCGCGCUUCGACCCGCUCCAGUUCCUGCAGUUCGCGCGCGGCAAGUCGCUGGCCUUCGUCGGGGACUCGCUGGCCAGGAACCACAUGCAGUCGCUGCUCUGCCUCCUCUCCCAGGUGGCGUAUCCCAAGGACCUGUCGGCGAACCCGUCGGACCAGAACAAGGUGUACCACUACCGGGCGUACAACUUCACCAUCAGCAUGUUCUGGUCACCGUUCCUGGUGCGCGCGCGGGAGCCCGACCACGACGGCCCCGCGCACACGGGCCACUGGAGCCUCUACCUGGACGAGCCCGACGACAAGUGGGUGUCCCAGAUGCCCCGCUUCGACUACGUGCUGGUGUCGGCGGCCAACUGGUUCUCGCGGCCGUCCCUCUUCUACGAGAAGCGGCGGCUGGUCGGGUGCAGCUUCUGCAGCCGGCAGUACGGCGUCCCGGACCUGACGCUCUACUACUCGCAGCGGCGCGCGUGGCGGGUGGCGCUGCGCGCCAUCAACGACCUGGAGCGCCUCCGGGCGCGGGUGAUCGUGCGGAUGCUCUCCCCCAUGUCGCACUUCGAGAACGGGACGUGGGACCAUGGCGGCGACUGCCGGCGCACGCAGCCGCUGCGGGCGAACGAGACGAGCAUGGAGGGGCGGGACCUGCACUUCUACACCGCGCAGAUGGAGGAGUUCCGGGCGGCGGAGAAGGCCGCGCGCGACAAGGGGCGGCGGCUGAUGCUCAUGGACGCGACGGCGGCCAUGCUGAUGCGGCCCGACGGGCACCCCAGCCGGUACGGGCACUGGCCCAACGAGAAGGUGCAGCUCUACAACGACUGCAUCCACUGGUGCCUGCCGGGGCCCAUCGACAUCUGGAACGACAUGCUCUUCCAGAUGCUCCUCGCCUAGCCGCCGCGGGCUCAUCGAUCCGACUUCACCAAACGAAAUCGCCGGUAACCGUGCACAGAUUCGUUUUGUUUCGCUCUGUUUCUUGUUCAAAAAAAGGGGGAAAUUUUUGACAGGCAAGGAUUCGUUCCUCCCGGCGUGAUUAUUCCA